AUGAGUUCCAAACAUCGUGAUCCGUGCAAUGGAUCCGCAUUGCAUUCCUCCACUCCCCGUUCACACACCCGCACGAAAGCUCAAAGUUCAUCGCAGGAAAAUCCAAACACACCACGCCGCACGAGUGGAUCUCAACCGGGUCUCAUCGUCGCACGCGAACUCUACAAAGUGCUCGAGCAGGAGCGGCGGGAAGGCACCACACCGCGCAGACGCUCCUCCUCACGCAGUGCUGGACAGGCGUCCAGGCCGAACUUUCUCUUUUGUUAUUUGUGUGGACAGCAGUUCAGCUCGGCGAGUCUGCCCAUUCACCAGCCGCAGUGUUAUGUGAAGAAGCUCAUAGAGUGGGAGCGCAUGGAUCCCGCAAAGCGUGGACCAAAGCCGUUGGAUCCCAGUGAACAUGAGGAGCAAAUGAAGAAACUAGCCACACUUGGGAGUGGAAAGAUCAGUAAAGAAGGUAAAAUGAAGGGAAAAGAUCUCGAUCGCUUUAAUGAAAUGCAAAUUGAACACUUUAAUAAUAAUAUGUUAUUAAAGUGUGAUAACUGCGGUCGCACAUUUCUUCCAGAUCGUUUGGAAGUACACCAACGCAGUUGUAAGCCGGGAUCUGCAGGGGCUUCUAAACCAGUUCCGCGUGGAUCAGCGGGUAAAGCGGAAAAGAAGGUCUCAACAGCAACAACAGCAGCAGCAGCAGCAACAACAGGAACGACAAUAACAGCAUCUGCAGAGGAGGUAGGGAAAAAGGGAAAGAUUAUAUCCAGUGAAAGGAGUACAAAAGAAAAAGAUCCAGAACCAAAAGAUACAAAGGAAAAAGAACCAGAACCGGCAGUUCGCGUGGAGAGAGUUGUACGAAAUACUGGAAUAAGUACUGGUUCAGUAUCAAAGGAACGCAGUACUUCAUCUUCUUUACAAAAAUUAAGUUCAAAGCAUGAUAGUUCGGAGAGCAUGCCAUCGUGUAAGGAUCCCUUGGCAUCAACGAAACCUGCUGGAGAGGAUGAGCUCUCUGAAGCUAUAGUUGCAAUCACUUCCAAUCCUGUUUAUAAGAAUGAAAAAGGUAAUGGUACCAAAGUUAAUACUACUAAUAAUAUUGCUGAUCCUAAUGACCAUGGUGUUGCUUCUACUGGUGAAAUGAAGUCUUCUGGUAUUCACUUUCAGGUAAAUGCGAGUAGUAGAGAGGGUAGCACAAGGGUUGAAGUAAAUCCUGAGAAGCGAUGUGCAAGCGCCUCUGUCAAUUCUACACAUACCGACUCUUUGCAAGCUUCUCGAUUGAGCGGAGACUCGGCAGAUAAAGGGAUGGGAAAAGGUCUUGCAAGUUUUCGGCGACUUGAGGAAUCAGCAAAUUCUCUGGAUAUUGUGGAUAUACAUUUGCAAGGUUCAGAAACAUUCGAUGGAGAAGGAGUGUCCCCUAGACGUUCUGUAAAAAUUCCACUAAAUAAUGUAUCUCGCUUUAAAAAUGUGCCAUCUCGUAUUAAAAUAGAUAGGCAAAAACAUGAAGAAUUACCAAGGUGUCGUUAUUGCAAUCGUACAUUUAACGCUGAACGUCUCAGCAAACACGAGGAAGUAUGUUUGGAUCGUAAUAAACCACAACGAAAAGCUUCUACAUCUACUGGAACUACCAAUACCACUACCACUACUACGACUACUACUACUACUACUAAUAAUAAUAAUAAUACUAAUACAAAUGCUACUAAUACUAAUACCAAUGCUGCUGGCACUUCAGCGUUGGAUUCAGGUUCAACGAGGGGAAGUGGUAAGUUGAUACCUCCUGCGCCGCGUAAAGAAUCUAUUAGCAAGAGACAACAACCUGUAACAGCAACGACAACAGGUACGGGAAAUGGUACAAAUACGGCAGAUACAGUAUCUAAUUUAGUUGCUGUGGAAGCCACACCUGAUAAGAGUACCAGAAGUUCUUUAAAAAGGGCAGGCAGCUGCGGCGAGAGUAAUGGAGGUUCCACUGAUAGAAUCCCAAAACAACGUUUUUGUAUUGAAUGUGGGGCCAAGCUGUUGCAGCCUGAGAUCCAGCGUUUCUGCGCAGAGUGCGGGGCAAAGUUAUUGCAGUACAAUUAG